ACCACCACUACUGCCUAUCUACUUGAUCUUCAGAAUCCUAAGGGAGCGAUUUACGGUAAAUAUCUUCAACCACGCUGCUUCACCACUAGGGAUCUGUAUAUAUUCUUUGUACCCCUUGAUAUCUGUGGCUACUCCCCGCCCGCCACCCCUGCCUUGCCGUCGCUCACCAUGGUGGAACGCAUCUUGAUGAACGAGUACAAGUCGUUGUCGCAAGAGCCAUGGGUUAAUAUCGAGAUCGAUGAACAGAACAUUCUAAACUGGAACGUGGGCCUGAUCGUCCUCAACCCAGAUUCGCUCUACUAUGGCGGAUACUUCAAGGCCUCAAUGAAGUUUCCGAGCAACUACCCUUAUUCCCCUCCAGAGUUCCGAUUUCUUCGUCCUCUCUAUCACCCGAACAUCUACAAAGACGGCAAACUGUGCAUUUCCAUCCUCCACGCCCCCGGCGAGGACGAAAUGUCGGGAGAAUUAGCCUCGGAGCGAUGGUCACCGGCUCAGCGAGUCGAAUCCGUCCUCAUAUCCAUCCUCUCGCUGCUCGACGACGCAGAGAUCUCCUCGCCCGCCAACGUGGACGCCUCGGUGAUGCUCCGCAAGAACCCCGAGCAUUACAAGUCGAUCGUCCGUCAGCACGUGGAAGAUUCGAAGAAGGACAUCCCCGAGGGGUUUGUCAUGCCCACCCACCACACGACCUCGACGGCCAGGGCCAUCGAGAAGGACGACUCCGACUUCUGGGCGGAGAGCGAUGUCGACGACGACGUGUUCGGAGGCAGCGACUCCGACGAGGAUCUGGAUGUGGAUGAUGACGACCAGGAGACGGGUAGUGAGGAGGAAGAUGAGCUAGUCAACAAGGCUUGAGGAGAGACCUAAUCCGGAGCUCCCCUGUACAUUGUGGGUUUGCGACGGGCAAAUCCGCCAGACUUACUCUCGCCUCCUGGAUCCGGCGCUUGGAACACAUUGGGUUCUUUGGUUUCUUUCUGCCUUAUUUUUUUUUCUCUUUCUUCUGUCUUAUAAUCGGCAUAGCGAGGCGCAUUGGACGGACGAUAUAGGCCACGGAGCAGCAUAUUUCUAUUUGUGAUUUACACAUCCACUUCAUCUGCAGAGCAUGGACGGACGGGGUGUGUUCUCUUUUCAAUGCAUGCAUGCAUACAUAUAUCUUACAGCCAUCACUUACUCUCAUC